CGGGAUAUCAGCAGCAGGCUAGACCUAGAUGGUGGAAGGCUAAUCAAGACCGUCUUGAUAAGUGUUGGGGAAAGUACCUGGAGGACAAGCGAAAUGCGGAAGAGGAAAGGGCAAAGAAGUUAAAAGAGGAGGAAGACCGCAAGUUGGAAUGGAAACGAGAGAGGGAGCAAUUCGAACUGGAGAUGAGCACACGGCUUGAUAAGAGAUUGGAGCUGUUAGGGCUCACAACGAAGACUGCUACGACUGACAAGGGUUGCAACAACGAGGGGGAUACGGAGGUGGCACGUCUUAGAAUGGAAAAUGAGAUGCUUAGGAAGAGAUUGGAAAAGGACAGUUGUUUACAGGGGGAUGAUAAGGUCGCGUGUUUACAACGCGAACUUGCGGAACUGCGGAGGCAGAUAAUGGCUAAGCAAACUGAUAGUGAUGAGAUUUAUGCACUGAAACAAGAGAUUGAGGAGUUGAGGGGUACUGCAUAUGUGAAAACCAACUUCGAAACUGAAAUCGUCGGGCUUCGAAGAGAGAUAAGCAUGCUGCGAGACCAGAGUAUGCAAGCGGAGGAAGAAGCGAUAACAUGGAAGAACGAGGCACUACGACUAGGGAAUAAGCGUGGGCAUAUUGCUGUCUCUACUCCUGAAUGCUCAGGUCGGGGUGCUCUUAAACCACACUGGACUCAUAACAUUAGGCUGGCGGACAAGUGGAGGGAAGAACUUCGUAAGCUUCAAGGGAAUCAGCAGGUGUUAGCAUUUGAGGUGGCGAUGCUGAAGGAAAUACGGGCUGAGGCGGAGAAGAAGCGAAUGAAAGUUGAGAUGCAGGUUAAGAGCUUGCAAGAAAAGCUGAGUAAACUCACGGCUCCAGACGAUGAGAAAGAACCAACGAUGGGGGGGACUAAUUUGAAAGAGCGCUUGAAGGCGGUGGCGAUAAGAUCAACUAGGAAAGGUAAGAAAGCUACUCCGGGAAGGGUUGGGCAAAAGACUGAAGAUAGUCGCGACAAAGGUUUGAAAGUCAAUGAUCGUUACACCUUUAUAGAGAAUGAGAAAAAGAAGUUGCGUGGGUUGAAGAAAUUGGGACUGAAGCCCUAUUGCAAGGAAACAAGUAUUAAACUCGAACAAGUGCAUGAGACAAUCAAUGAGCUGGCAGAAUACCGAGCCAAUAAGGCGUUCGAAAAGGGGAUUGAGAAAGGCAAGCGAUCGGGAGCGGAAGGGGAGUGCUCUGUGCACGACAUCGAUGAUGACGAGACACAGACCAGCGCCGACGGUCGAAAAGAUGCUGACGAGAGGAGUGUGGAGCUCUAGGGGGACAUCCCGAGCGUGACUUAUCUUUGGUCG